CAUUAAAAAAAAAAAACAAUCAUAGCAAGCUUACCCAAGCCCACUCAGUAUUGUUCCUCUCCGUCUCUCGCUUCCCUUUGACGGCCCAAUCUUUACCACCACCGAUGUACGGCUACACCGCUGCAACCCUAGACGUAAGGUCCAAAUGCUCCCUUUCCUUUUACUACCUUUCGCUCCCCAACGAUCAACAGCUUUAUUGCCACCGUCCAUGCUGCCACUUCUCGGUAAGCUCUCGCAUCCUCGCCGGGCACCUCCUCGGCUUGUACUUUCCGAUCCCUUCCAAAAUCCCCUUCCACGCAGGCCGCCGGAGGGUUAGGGUUUUAUACGGGAUUCGUGAUUUCAGCAUGACGGAGCUCUUGGCUGAAUCGGCCGAGAGAUUUCCCGGUCUGGGGAAACCGCUCUGGAAGAAAGGGAGGAGGGAAAUCCAUGUCGAAUCGAUUGAAGGUGAGCGCCGGAUGUCGCGAAAUGAAGGAAAAACGGGGGUAUGCUCCUCUUGGAGUGAUGGGUCGAGCUUGACUCGCGAUUCCGAACUUAAUGAAGUUAGAAGGAGAAGCGUUGGUGGAGAAUCCCUGACUGGUUAUGGUUAUAGAAAUAAAGAUACCAGAUUUGAUACGGUCAAUGUGUCGGAUGAGGAAGUUCAGAAUGUUGAUGACCCUUGGGGAGAGAGGCGUAAUUCUUCGCAGAGGGAUGUUGUCCUUCAUUCAAGAAACGAUGACUCUACGAAGAGAAAUGAUAAUUUUAGGCGAUUCAGAGUUAAGGAUGUAGGGAAGAAGGUUGAUCAGAGGGCCAAUUUGUCUCAGCAAGUGAAUAUCAGAGAAAGUGGGUCAGACGGAAGAUCGAAGAUGGUUGCGAGAAUAUCUGAGCUUCAGUUGGAUGAUGUCAAGCGAACUUCAGUUGCAGCUAAUGUGAGGAAGAUUCAGAAAGGGGAGAGUUCAGCUUCUGCUACGCGGCAAAACAAUGCCAUGGAUCAUCAAUUGGCUGGGUAUGAUCAACAUAGAAGAAGUUCAGAGAAACAAAGCAAAGUUGCAGAUAUUCAGAGUGCCGCUUAUCCGCAUAAAGAUUUUAAUGAGACAAGUACCAGAGAUAGGGGGGAACGAGCUUACUUGGAGCAAAAUUUAGCUCAGGUGUCUCGUGAUAAAAGAAUCCACCAUGAUCGACGAGCACUAGAGCAAGAUGAAUCUAGAAGAAACACCCAGAGGAUUAACGAGGUUUCAUUGUUUCAUGGUAGCGAGUCUAGUGACCUCGGGAGGGCUUCACGUAUUGGUGACAGAAGUUCCAUGGGAAUGGAUGCGAUUACUAAUUUGGUUCAGGAUUCAAGUCAUGCGAUCACUAAUUUUGUUCAGGAUUCAAGUCAUGUUUCCAUAAAUAAAAGAUCUCAGGUGAAUACGGAAAUGUAUUUGUCUGUCCAAAACAGAUCUGAAGGAGAUGAAAAGAUAAUCAUGGAAGGGAAUUCAAUUCAGUUGGGAGGAGGUGAGAGAAAGCAGAUUCAUAGAGGAAUGUUAGAGCAUGAUGAGGCAAGAAGAAAAACAAAGAUGCUUAGCGAGGUUUCAGAAGUUCAUACUGACAACAUGGAAGCAUUUUCCCUUGCCAGAGACAAAAGAGGGAUGGAGUUUGAAUCCUAUUUUGUUGAAAGUUCAAUUCCUGCUACCAAAGAUAAGGGAACCCAGGUAGAAAUGCAUGAUGGAUGUUACGAUCAGAUUGAAAUGGCCAGAUUCAAUGCAAAUAACAUUGUCAAUGCAGUCAGCUCAUUGAGUCCUCCAGUGAACAGAGUUGAUCCACAAGAAUAUGACACCCUUCUGGCUUCAAAUCCGGUUUCUAGCUUAAGAGAGCGAAAGGACCAAGCAAACAAACAGGCUUAUCUUCUGUAUGAUGCAAGAAUGGAAUCUGAAAGGGAUAGUAAUGAGUGCGAUCUUACAAGAAGCAAUAACAGAAGGAUUUCUAACUUGCAAGAGGCCUAUAAUUCCAGAAUAGAGAAAGAAAAAGAAUUUUACUCAACCGUAACCUCUUCAUUGGUAUUGUCUCGAGAAGAGGAGAUAAAAAGAAGCUCCUUUACUGGUGAGAGCUCCCAAUCUGCAUCAAUGGGACUUACUUCAACAGUGAGUGUAACCGGUAUUUCUAGUUCUCAGCCACCUUACAGUGAACUAAAUUAUGAUGCUGGUUGGAUUGGUUACCAAAAUAUCCAACAGGACACAAAUGAUUCUGCCGGAAAAUUUGGUAAAUCCUCUGCUCCACAUGCAGUCGAUUUUGUUGGCGAGCUACAGAAGGAAGUAACCGCUCUGAAUGAGUCGGGAAAGACAACCAAUAUAUCUGCUGGAAUUCAAGUAGGAAAACCAGGUUGGAACGAAGUUCAUGCAACUUCAAGAAUAGAGAAUCAAAAUGAAACUUCCUCAGCAGAAACCUCCUCUAUAGUGUUAACUCAAGAAAGAAAGGAGAGGCAUAGUAGCCUUCUAUUGGGAGAGACCUCGCAGUAUAAAACUAUUCAAAUAGCUUCAACUGGAAGCUUAGGUAAUGUUUCUAAUUCUGUUAAAAGUUACACUGAAGCGGAUAGCCAUAGUGUUAGGGAUGGUAUUUUCCAUUUCACUCACGAUGAAAUUGAAUCUUCCAAACGAUUAGAUAAAUCUUCUGCUUCCCAUGUAGAUGAAUUUGUUGAAGAGAUACAACAGGAAAUAAUGCCCAUGAAAGAGUCUGGGAAGGAGCUUAAUGUAUCUACUAGAUUUAAAAUUGAAGAGACAGGCUGGAGAGAGAGUGAAGCAACUGCUGGUAUGCAAGUCGGUGAACUCACUGAGAGCAGAAGGUAUGGAGAUGGCGGACGCAUCAAAGAAGGCAGGAGAUUGUCUUCAUCUGGAUCGGGAAUGAGGGGUCCCUCUGAUGAGAUGUGGGGUGUCGAAGUCCUAUCUUCUCAGGAAACUUCUAAUGCAGAAGAACCUGAAGAGAAUUCUUCAAUAUCAGGAGCAAUGGAUUUAACAACUCCUACUCUAGAAACUGCUAUCACUAGGAGGUCUCCCAGAUCUUUGUGGUCAUAUGUUGUAGAUAUAAUUCGGAUGAGUUGGGUUUUGCGGGGACAUUCUAACAGUUCAACAUCAAAAUCUGAUAAAAGAGCUUCAUCAAAUGAGUCUUUAAGCAGCGAUGCAUGGUUUUCUGGCCCUGGGCAAGAGGAGGAUGGGGCUGGGGAUGUGCCCCAGAAUACAAAACAAACUGGCUUGGUAAAUGAACCAGGAUUGUUGAAAGAAUCAGUUAAACUUCGUUUUAAUGAAUCAAAAGAAGGGGAUAUGUUAACAGUGAUAGAAACAAAUUCAUCAAUCCCAUCAGAUUUCAUGAUAGGUGGCUUACAAGCCAGCAGGACUGCUACCUCAUCAAUAGAGGCAGAAAGCCCACCGCAUUCAAUAUCAAACCAAGAUAUUCUUUCUAGUGUUAUGAUAGUUGAGCAGCAACCAGCAUCAAAAUCUGAUACCGCAUCGCCUUCCAUUGUAGACAAUGUCGAGUCAAGAGUAAGGGAUAAGGUGAAAGUGUUGAAACCAAUUUCAUCAUUUCCAGCUGCUGUGCUGAGGGUAGGUUUCUCAUCCGGUAUAACUCAAGCAUCAGGUGCAGAGCUGACAGAGGCUGCACAAGUAGGGGAAGGUAAUAGUUCUAGUUUGGAAAAUAUUGUGCAACCCUCAGCAUCAACAGUUAAUUCAGCGUUACCUAGGAUUACUGAUAUUGAAGAAGUUGAUAGGCCUGGAAGCAUUCCAAAGCUGGAAUUGGAUCCUUUCAGUGAGAAGCUCCCUGAAGUUGGUGGAACUAACGAGGCAGGGAUAAAGCGAAGGAAAUUUCAAAGGAAUAAGCAAGUUCUAAGCGAGCAGUUUAGUGAGUGGGAAGAAGCAUUUAAGCGAGAAAAUGAACAGAAAAAGCUUGAUGAGCUUUUCAUGAGGGAAGCUAUUUUGGAAGCCAAGAAGGGUGCUGAUACAUGGGAAGUACCUGUUGGUGCUGUGCUGGUGCAGAAUGGGAAAAUCAUUGCUCGUGGCUGCAAUAUGGUUGAAGAGUUGAGAGAUUCAACUGCACAUGCUGAAAUGAUUUGUAUCCGUGAAGCCUCUAAUCUUCUCAGAACUUGGCGCCUUGCUUCAAAACCAAUUCGCGAAAACAAAGUUUUGCGUUGGAAAUAGCUCUCGGAGCAGCUCUCUCGCAUUGAAUAGAACCUCCAUUUUGAGAGACGGAGUUGAUGCCCUUCUCUCCUUCGCGAAAACAAGGUUUUCGCGCAUGAGAAACAUUUCUGAUCAGCUAUCUCCCCUUCUCUCCUUCCCAUCAGAGUGAGGCUCAUCUUGCCACGCUGGUGCUAUGAAGGGCCAAAGAAGGUAAUUUCUUUAUUGAGAAGAAGAAGAUUUUUAUUUGUGGAAGAAGUGAUAAUGACUUAUCACCAAAAUGUUCUCAGUAAUAUUUGUCAUCAGCUAUGAAUUUUUUUGUGUGAAUGAAAUCAUUUUUCAAUCAAAAUUUUUUACCAUGAAAAAUCAAUAAUCCACUUAUGAAUCUCCAUCCAUAUCCCCUUUAAGCAAUGAAUCCAUGUUUAAGCUGAUAGGUGAUUCUAUAGAUUUCCUUCUUGAUAUGUAUUUUUGUCUUUAAAAUCCUAAACGUAAAAAUUUACUCAUCUAUCCUGAACAUUCACAAGAAACUCCCGAAUAGGCAGCAAACGCAAACACAAGAAUAUGGAAGAGGAAAAGAGAAGAAUGGGGAGAGUUCACCUUGCUAAGUAAGGAGAGAGAACGGUUAGGGAAAGUCGGCGGUGUCGGCUAGGGUUGGCGAUCGGCGAGAGAGAGAAGGAAAUGAGAUAAGGCCCUUGGAGUUUCUUGCGAAGAAAUAGCAAGUCGGAGGGUUUGUGCUAUCGGGAGGGUUUUGACGCAGUGGAAGACGGAAUGGUGAUGAAGUGGUAUUUUAGAAAGCAAAAUAAAUUUUAGGUGGUAUGAGUGUAAAUAGGCAAGUUUAGGUGUUGGAUGAGUAAAUAAGAAACCUUUAAGUGUUAGGUAUGUAAAAAUCCUUUUUUUUUUUUGCAGUCUUUCUUUUCAUGUUGAAUAUGACUAGCUUGUUGUUUUCCUUGUUAUAAUGUUUAUUUUUGAAAAAACUCUUCUUUGCAAGAUAGGUAAUCCUCAUGAUAAUACUUGGUUUUGAAAAAACAAACUGAUCUUUUGGCGGGCCACUCCCAAUCAGGCUAUAGUGGAUUUCUUGUAUGAUAAAUCAUUGAAAUCUCUACCAACUCGUACUUCAUGCAAGCAAGCAUGUCGUUGUAGAUGAUUAUGUAUAUCAGCGUCUCAAUUUGACUUUUGGACAAGAGUCCGGAUCAAUGAAAACAUGGAUGAUGAUUGAUGGAUAAAUUGCUGCAAAAUUACUGAACUAUUUUUAAAUAACUAUUUCUAUGUCCAUAAUUGAAGAAAACUGUCUUAUAAUUAAUGCAAUCUUUUUUUUUUUUAAACACUUAAUUCUUUUGAUCCUUUAUUAUCCUUCUCUUUUUUUUUUC